AUGCUCUCCUCUGCAAACGCCAGUGGUACCAACGCUACCAAUGCAAAUUUAAAACCAUUUCACUGCUUGCAAUGCGAUAAAGCCUUUGGCCGACAGGAUGUGCUGAAUCGGCAUAUGAAGCUGCAUACGAACAGGCCCGGUCAGAUUCCCACUGCCAGUCCUGUGCAGCAGCAACAGCAGCAACAACAGCACCUAGCUGCGACCGGCGAUGCAGUCCCUACUGGACCAUCAGCGCCCGCGUCAACUCCCUUGGGGCCGGCGAACUAUGCUUUUGAGCAACCAAGGCUCUUCGACCAAUCUCUCAUUGCGAGCCCUUACACCCAUGAAUGGGGAAAUCUGCUGGACUGGCUGAUGCCGGAUUUUCAGAACAAUUCUUCGAUGCUAUUGCCCAUGGCCGACUUCUCUGAUGAUGCCCAUCCGUUGAUCUCAGCUUUAAGCUGUUUGCGCUCAUGGCCCCAGGCGGAUAACCAGCGAAGCCCGGGCCAGCAUGCCGUGCACGAACUCCACAAGCUCAUCGAUGAUAUAUCCAAGAGACUGAACAAUAACCUGCACAACGCGGGUGUGACCCCUCCGUUCGUAGAUGCGUGCUUGAGAGAAUAUUUUGGUCGAGUAUCCCCCUGGUUUCCGAUUAUCCACGAGCCCACCUUCUCCGUGCGGGACUGCAUCGCCCCGCUGUUGUUGAAUAUGGUUGCGUUGGGUUCGCUCUUUGUCUGCCUGCCCGAUGCCGUGGAGCAAGGAGAGAUGCUAUGGAAGCUGGGGCACACCGCGGUGGCAGCCUCUUGGCAGAGUCUGAUCGAGCUUCGGGGGCCGCACGACCAGUGCGGUGGUAUCCAGUUAGUUCUGACGGCUCUUCUGGGGCAAACGUACGCAUUACUUUCCAGCAAUCCCAACAUCCGGACCACAGCAUUUGUCUUCCAUGGCCUCGGCUUCUACUGGGCCAGGACAUCUGGCAUGCACUUGGUGGACGAUCUUCAAUUACCAGCCAUCCCCGAUGUGGAAGCAGAACAAGGCGUCAAGGAGACCGCGUGGCGUACUUGGGCCGCCGCGGAGGUUCAACGGCGCGCCACACUCGGGCACUACAUUCUGGACGGGCUCAUUGUACAGGCAUCAGGCUCCGUCGCUAGCGCUCGUCAUCUCACAAACAAAAUCAAGAGCGCCUGUUCAGACGCUGCAUUUGCCGCCGAGACCCCCGAAGAAUGGAUUAGCCAGGUGGCGCGGUUGGACCAUGUUCAGAUCCCAUUUUCAGCCCUGUUCGUGAGGAUCUGCGCGAGGGAUUACGUCGAGGCCCCCCUAGGGCUCUCGCGGCUGUCCAUCGCAGUCUUGCUCGAAGGCCUGCAGUCGCUGAUCGCCGAGCUCCAUGAUGUUGGCAGCCCCGCCCUGGGAACGGUGUCAUCCUCGCAGAUCGUGCAGGGUCUCAUGAACAUCUACGAGGGCAAUCUCUGCACAUCUCGCAGCGUCGACGCCUCCCAGACGCUCAUCCGGUGGCACGCCGUGUGCAUCGAGCUCUGCACCCCUCCCAUAUUCCUCUACCGCCGCAUCUGCGACGCGUACAAACUACCACAGGUUCUCAGCGGUAUCCCCGUCAGGGACGGGGCGCCCCCUUUCGACCUGGGCAGCUGGGCUCAAAGCGUCCAGGCCUUCCGUGCCGUUCUCCACGCAGUCGCCAUCAUCCGUCUCCUGCACGAUAUUCCGAGCGGACACACCCACGCAGUCCAUAUCCCUGGCUGCCUCUUCGCCAGCGCCAUGGUUCUCAUCGCCAUUCACCUCUGGAAUAAGAAGAAGAUCAAGAUUCCCAAGAAUGUGCGAUGGUACGAUGUGUGGGUCGGUGAGAUCCAGGCCCGCGAGAACAUGGACUAUGUGUCUGCCCCGGCGCCUGCAAAUCCCGUCUCUGCCGACUUCAGUGGAGCCGAGGAGCUGAUCAACUCGCUGAAUUCAACCGGUGCGAGCGAUGCAAUGACCUCGGUGAACUUACUGCACGAGGUGAAUUCAGUGCAGAUCAGUCUGAAAACAGUCGCCUCGCGGUGGCGGAUUUCGGCCGAAAUGGAAGAGAUUAUUGGACGUUUGGCGAGGCUUCCUAGGCAGUGA